AUGGCCCCGCGCGCCGUUGGUAUCGAUAUCCAUCAUGCAGUUGUUUUGUACACCCAUCGCCUGAGCUUAGAUUCCCAAUUCGGAAACCAUAUCAAGAUGGCAGAGGUAGCGCAAAAUUCUCCUGCUGACGCUCAGGCCAAGCAAGUUGUCUAUUGUGGUGGUAAGUCCCAUGGUCCUCAAUCCGAUGCGAAUAUUCCUGCUCGGCCCGUGGCACAGGCAGCAGUUAUAAAGAUAUCGCAGCAUGAGGAUGUUAACUCGAAAGUGUUCCAGUACUGUGAAUUUGGCGGUACCGCAAAGAAGUGCGAAGAAUGGUUGAAGGAUAAUUAUGCGGAUUUAUACCAGCGGUUAUACUCGGAAGGUAUGCUUGCGCAUCUUUUUCGGCUAUCAAGCAGCAGUGAGAGGCCAACUGAGAUUCCUGGUGUAGAAGCCCUCAGCUCCAAUCUGUCCGAGCUGUCAGUGUCCGUUCGGGAGCGUGCAGCUAAAGACGCCGCCAAGAAGGAGGCGAAAGCUGCCGCUGCUGAAGCACGCGACGCAGAGCGGAAGGCAGCGGCCAAGAUUCAGAUCAAGCGUGUUGAGCGCAACAAACGCAAACACGUCACUGUUAUCACAGGGUUGGAAGUACAUGGUUUGGAAAACAAGAAAGUCGCAAAGGAAUUGGGAAAGAAAUUCGCUACUGGUUCCUCGGUGACGAAGUCACCCGCAGGGGUCGAGGAAAUCACAGUUCAAGGUGACGUUAGUGAGGAUGUUCAAGAGUGGCUUCUGGAAGUAUAUGGGAAGGAAAUCCCUGAGUCCAACAUCGAGCUUGUCGAGGAUAAGAAGAAGAAGACAAGUGGCUGA